AAACAUGUUUCGGUUAAAUGUGCAUAUAUUUUUAUAUAGUGCAUAAUUUUGUGUUUAAAUACAUCAUUUGGGUUAUAGAAUUUAUUGAAUAAUAGUGUGUGAAGCGAAGGUGAUUGUAACUGUGAUAUAUAGAUAUUUGCAAUAACAAUAGAAAUGACAGAAACUUUAAAAAAAGGAAAGAGCUCAGACUUUUGCGUACCAGUAGGAGAGAGUGACCCAGAAUGUAUACCUGAAAGCAGCAGUAAUUUCACACAAACACCAGUAGUGAAAAAACGUAAGCGAUAUACAUUUGAAGAUAAACAGAAAAUCUUGGAAGAGUUGAAAAACUUAACCUCUCAUGAAAUAUGUACCAAAUAUGGCAUGAGUGAUCGUGUUCUGCGUAAAUGGAAACUUAACAAGAAUCUGAUUGAGGAUGCUGCUAAAAAAGAGAGUACAAAAACAUUGAAAAAAGUUUCUAAAACGGAAAAACUCGACGCCGAAUUGUUUGAAUGGUUUGAUGAUUGUCGCCGCAAUAGCAUUCCAGUUUCUGGACCAAUGUUAUGUCGACAAGCACUUGUUAUUAACACUAGAAUUGGUGGCUCGGAGAACUUCAAAGCUAGUAACGGAUGGUUAGAUAAAUGGAAGAAACGAACUCACAUCAAAGAUUUAGCAAUUUCCGGGGAGACACUGUCAGCCGAUGAAGAAGCAGCUAAUCUGUGCAGAAUAAAGCUUGCAGAGUUAGUGGCUGAGAAAAAACUUGACAGAGCACAAAUUUUAAAUACGGAUGAAAGUGGUUUAAAGUACAAAAUAAAUGUAAAUGAUUUAUUGAAUCUUUUGAAAAAUGUUAAACGUUAGAAAGUGAUGGAUAUUGCAGCAGUAUUGAAUUGGAUUUGGAAAAUCAUCAAAG